GUUCGACAGGGGCAUACACAAAUUAUGUCGCCUGGCAUAUACAAGGUAUGUGGCUUGUUCGAGCUCCUCUCCGACGCAGCACAGCUCAAAACCCAGAUGAACGGGUUUUUUUUUUUUUUUUCUCAGAAGGUAGAUUGUUAACAUCCUACUCACCUAAUAUAAUUUAUAAUUCGAGUGAAUGAGAUCUGAUACAUGAACGAAUUUUUGUGGGGACACCCAGGUACCGCAAAUUUGAUGACAUACGCCAAUUAUGCGAGCUGCUUGUUAUCUAUCUAACCCCCACUCAGACGCACAGAGAGAGCGAGCGAGAGAGAGAGAUAUGGCGAUCCGGUUCAGGAUAACUAGCUGCGCCGCCACGACGGAGAAGGAGAACAAGAUGGAGGCGGAACAGGAGGCGGCCGUCCGAAUCGGCGUCAUGGGGUGUGCGACCAUCGCGAAGAAGGUUUCCAGAGCCAUCCGUCUCGCUCCCAACGCCCGCCUCGUCGCGGUCGCGAGUCGAACGGCGGAGAAGGCUCGACGGUUCGCGAUGGAGAACGGCUUCCCAGAGGACGCCCGCGUGUGCGGAUCCUACGAGGAGCUGCUGGAGGACCCGGCGAUGGACGCGGUGUACAUGCCCCUCCCGACGUCGCUCCAUCGCCGGUGGGUGCCAGAGGCAGCCAGACGAGGGAAGCACAUCCUGGUGGAAAAGCCGGCGGCACUGGCCGCCAGGGAGCUGGAGGAAAUGCUGGUGGUUUGCGAGGACAUGGGAGUGCAGUUCAUGGACGGGACAAUGUGGAUGCACCAUCCACGGACGGCCAAGAUGCGGGAGCUCCUCUCCGACGCCUCCCUCUUUGGGGACCUCAGAUGGGUAAACAGUGCCUUCACGUUUGCUGCCACGGAUUAUUUUCUCAAGAACGACAUCAGGGUGAAGCCAGAUCUUGAUGCUCUGGGUGCUCUGGGGGACGCAGGAUGGUACUGUAUCAGGUCGAUCUUAUGGGCAGCAGAUUAUGAACUGCCUAAGACUGUGACUGCAAUUCGUGGCACAGUUUCCAGAAAUGCAGCGGGAGUUCUGCUGUCUUGCGGAUCGUCGCUGUUAUGGGAUGACGAAAAAGUAGCGACCUUUCAUUGCUCGUUCAAUUCCAACCUGACCACGAAUUUCACUGUCAGUGGAACCAGAGGUACACUUCACGUCGAUGAUUUUGUUGUACCUUUUAAGGAGAAUUCUGCUACUUUUUCCUUCUCCUCAGACUCGGGAUUUACGGAGCUGGUGACAGGAUGGUCACCAUUGCCUACACAGCUUCAUGUUGCCACUGAUCUGCCUCAAGAGGCCUGCUUGGUGAGGGAAUUUGCAAGGUUGGUGAGGGCAAUUAUAGAUUCUGGUUCAAAGCCAGAUCAGAAAUGGCCCGUCAUCACAAAGAAGACACAGAUGGUACUUGAUGCAGUCAAGGCGUCGAUAGGAAAGGGAUACGAACCUGUAUCGCUGUGACUCCAAAUGGAAGAGGUGGUCUUGCUGAGAGCAACACUGCUGUUAGUGUUCAAUUAUGCUUUCGAGUUUUCUAGCUUUCGAUUGUAUUUGACAAUCCAAUGGCUUUUCUUAAUCUAUAUGUGGUACUUCCAAAAGAUGCAGCAAAAAAACAUGGGUAUGAGUCUGAUGAAUCAGCAGAAACAGAAAAAUCUUUCCACUUAUUUAUGUAAGUUCUUCAUAUUAGUUUGUAUUAAAUCUGUUGUUUGCCUCCCGCUAAAUUGCUGAAAAGUAGCUCCAAAAAUUUGUUAUGUUUUGAGGAACAAUAAUUUCCUGCCACGCAUACCAGAUUCUCGAUGCUCCUAUAAGCGUUGAUUCAGACACCCACAGGCCUAGCGAACCAUCAUCCUCUAAAAUCUCACUAUAACCGAACUCGCCCAAAACAGAAAGAAGAAAAAAAUCAUGCCAUCUCCCACAACUCGAAAAGAUGGAAGUGUGCCCUUUACAUUUGCCGAGACCCAAUAUUUUUUAAGGCUUAGAAAAGAAAAGAAAACAGAGAAAGGAAACCCAAUAUGGCUCCAAGAACAAGAAAGUAAAAUUGAGGAAGAGUAGAGCAACUCACGGGU